UAUUGCUACACAAAGGCAAUGAAAACUUUAUUACAUUCUAUGUUGGCAGCUUGUAAUUAACAACACGAGAGGUGUCAAAGGGGGCGUCAAAUAAACUUUUCUUUGGUUCUGUCAAUUGUGCAUGUGUACGUACAAUGUGUACGGAUUAAUAAUUAUGUGCUUGAAAGGCAGAGAUGCUAUAUAAUGAACAAUAAUGAACCAACGUGACAAUAACAGUAAAAAUAUACGCAGCGCUCGUUCAUAUGUGUACAAGGAGAAAACGUUUGAUUGCAAAUUAUUACUUGUAAAGUGAUGAUAAUACACUCAGCUAUACAUAAUUGCAUUUUUUACAACAAUGAGUGUAAUGGCAAAACAGACUUUGAAUUAUCUUUGCACUUUUACGCUGUAUGUCAUGAAAGCUAUCCUCUAAGAAAACUGUUCAUUGCCAAAUUAAAUCAAAUGCUUGGCUGUAGUUGAUCUGAAGCUUUAAUGACUAUGAGAUUUUAGUUUAUCCAACCAAAAUUGUUAUGCCAAUGUAUAUAAUAGUUGCAAAUUGAUUUGAUAUUUCAUUGUCUAUACUAUCCAUACGUUAUUAUAACGUAGUGAAUAAAAAAGAUUGAUAUCAUUGAUUUUGGAGUAUAUCAUCAGAAAUUAAAAGUGAAAGCAAGAAAAGUAACAAUAUGGCUGAGGAAAGCUAUGUUGAGAAGAUAUUUACAUUUAAGUUUCCAACAUGUACAACCAAUCAAGAGUACACAUUGGAAAUUCCUUUAAAAAUUCCAUACAGAGGCUCCAUAAAAGAAUUAAUGCAUCGCAUAAUGACUGCAUUUAAAUUGCCAUGUUAUGUUGAGACUGAUUUGUUAAAAGCACUUGAGCAAGCUGUCCAUGAAUUAACACUCCAAUUUCACGAUGAACAGGCAGAGAAGCUCAUUGAUGCUGCUAGAAAAGGAACAUUGGACAUUGAAGAUAUAAUAAAAAAUUGGGAAAAGAUUUAUAAACAAAAAACGGUUGAAUACGCAGAACCAGUGGGAACAACUGAUGAAGAGCUGUUUGCAGCAGCUUACCACAAAUUAGUUCAUUCGCCAUCUUUGGAACCAAUUCUACAAGCUGAACAUGAAUUUGGAAAAGCGGUCACUGAAGUUAUUCAAACAAGAGACAAGGACAUUGAGCGUUUAACAAAACAGCAAACAGAGGAAACGCACAUGGCCGUGGAAACGCUUGAAUCUGGCUCUACCGAAAAAUCUAUCAAUGAAAUGACAGCACGACACUUUGAGGAGCAGAGUUUAUUACAAGGCCACUGGGGAUCUAGAGUUGACGCUUUAAAAUUGGAGCAAAGACGACAGUACCGAAAUUGGAUUAUGAGAUUAUUAGAAGAGCAGCAAACCAACAUGUUACCAACUCCAGUAAGCUCUCCUAUGAUACCAAUGCUACCAAUGCGCCCAGGCUUUUACACUAUUAAUAAUAAUGAAGACAAAAAUACUGCAGAAUUUCCACAACUCGAAGAGAGCUUUACCACUCAUGUAGGAAGUCAGAUGAAGCAGAUGCACAAUAUUCGUAUACUAACUGGCGACGUCCUAGACUUUUGUCGUACAAAACCAAACAACUCUGGCAUGGAUCCAACUCCACAGAGAUUGCAAACUGCCCUGGGAUUAUAUUCGAAUGAUCUGUGCGGCUUGGUUGUUUUAAGUGACAAUCACGUGGGAAGUUAUUCUGGGAUAACAAAAGAACUUUGUUCCAUAUGUCAGCUAACGACAGAGUUUCACUUCCCACCAAUUGAUGAUCAGCUGGAAAAAAUACGAGAGGACGUCAAGGAAGCUGUUGCGUGGAGACAAGCUCAUCACAGAGAAGGCAGCGAUCCUCAGACAAAAAAAUCAACAACCAGUAAAAGUUUGCAGACUGGAGACGUAUUUAUUACAAGACACUCAAAUUUGGCUCAAGUUCACGUUAUUUUCCACAUGGUCGUCCAUGAUUCUCUUAGAUCAGGUGACAUAAACUCAAGGCAUCCAGCAAUUUUAGGUUUGAGGAAUAUCCUAAAACUAGCCUGCAGUAACGAUAUCACUACACUAACGAUUCCCGUUUUGCUCGUUCAUGAAAUGACAGAGGACAUGACGGUCGAAUGGUGUACCAAAAGAGCAGAAUUGGUUUUCAAAUGUGUAAAAGGUUUCAUAAUAGAGAUGGCUUCUUGGGGCAGAGCCGAAUUAAAGAAUUUACAAUUUCUCGUACCAAAGGGAAUGUCCGAGGAAGUCUUUGGAACCCUGGCAACGAUGCUACCAAGCAUAUUCCGCGUUUCAAAGUCUCUAGUAUUCAAAGCCAGCAGUAAUCCACAGACACCGAAAAAGUAAUUGCAGUAUCUAACUGCGCUUUAGUGAAUAUUGAAAAAAAUACAUUUUGUUACAAUGUAUAGAAUAUCAUUCCUACGUCCAUUCACUGUGUGCGAUAUGAUUCAGUCAAUAAACAGACUGAAUCUUAAUGAGCUCUUUGUUUAUGUAUAUUAAGGCGGCGGAUUUCCAAAAGCAGAUAAACGUGACAAUCACAUAAUUGAAUAUGGAUGCUACUGGGAAAACCACUAGAAAAUUCUUUCUUCAAUCAGCUACGUUUUGUCGUUACUAUCAUGAAAAUAUUUAAUUAACUACCAGCCAUGCACAAUAUACAAUAGUAAUUGGUAUCAUA